GUUGCCAGUUUGUGGUGUAUAUUUGUGCAAUGGCUGAAAUUAAACAAGACCACAAGGCCGAUGAAUCUGAAAAUUACGCAGUGGGAAACAGUACAGAUCCUAAAAAUAUGCAAGAGUUAACGCAAUACGUGCAGACGCUUCUACAAAACAUGCAAGAUAAAUUUCAAUCGAUGUCUGACCAAAUUAUUGGUAGAAUAGAUGAAAUGGGAAACAAGAUAGAUGACCUGGAGAAAAAUAUUGCUGAUCUGAUGACUCAAGCUGGAGUGGAAGGAACGGAUAAGUAAGAUUGUCUGCACAUCUCAACAUUUGCCAUAUUCCUUCUUCAAAAUGAAUAAAUUGUAACAAGUGCUUUACUUUUAUGUAAUUCGGUUGCGCUUGUAUUGAAAAUAAAAACAUGAUAUUCUAUAUAUCCAUACAAAGUA